CAAAAUCAGAUAUAUUUUACAAUUUGAGAUAAAUAAAAUACUGUUUUUGAUUUGUCAUUUAUGUACUUUUACAUUGUUGCUCCUUAUUAUUGUAAGUGAUCCAUAGUGAGGGAAACGCGCGUUUAAACUGUGUUAUAAUAAAAGGUAUUUGAUCAAGCAGCAACAACUAAAACCAGCAGCCUUGUCAUAUUAUUUGAAAAACUUCCAUUUGUGCAGCGACGUUUUGCUACAGGUGUAACAAAUCAAAAAGUACUUGGAUCGAACCACGAGCCUGUAUUAUAAUAUAUACACGUCCGUAAUCGAACGAUCUGUUUAUUAUUGUGGUUUAACCGUACGGUCUGCAUUUCGUGUCAGCGUACAAAAUCACCGAAUCACCACGGUGUCAUUCCAAGAUAUUUAAAGCAAUUUAUGUUUCCUCAGGUCAAAGAUUAUACUUAGAAGGAAAUUAUGGUAUGCAAACUGCAAGUCCUAGACCCACGGAUCACAUCGAAAGUCUAUGCCUAGACUGUCUUCUCGGUUAGCGUUAUAGACGAUGAUUGUAACGCAGCUCUGAAAACCUUUCGAACGUUAAAACAAGACCAACACAACAUCUACAGAAAAACCAUACACUCCAGCUUUAGUUGGCAAAUGUUGCACGCACAAAAGAAACUAACGGUUACAUGACGUACGGUAUCGGACGAUUCUGACCAAGAUCACGCGAUGCAGAUGGUCCGAGCUUUUUAGCAUUUCUGCCGUCUGCUACGAGCACAGCCUCUGGACUCGAACGAACAGCAUAAUCCUUGCAGCUUGGGUUUUCCACACGAUUUUCUUAACGAAGACCUUUCAUUUUAAAUCAUUGAGCAAUGCUAGGUGAGGAUAUUUUUAAUGGACACGACGAAACACAAAUAGAAUUGAUGAAAGAGGAGUGCAUCUUGAUUGAUGAAGAUGACAGGAACAAAGGCAGUGCCUCCAAAAAAGAGUGCCACUUGCUGGAAAAUAUUAACAAAGGUAUGCUGCAUCGUGCUUUUAGUGUAUUUUUGUUCAACACAGAAGGAGAGCUGUUGUUACAGCAGAGGUCAGAUGCUAAAAUAACAUUUCCUGGACAUUUUACAAACUCCUGCUGCAGCCAUCCUCUGAAUACUGAAUCAGAGAAAGAGGAGAACAAUGCCAUUGGGGUAUUAAGAGCUGCUCAGCGCAAACUUAAGCAUGAGCUUGGCAUAGAAGCUGAACAGAUACCUUUGGACAGCUUCCACUAUAUCACACGGAUACACUACAGGGCAGAUAAUGUGCCUAAUGAUGGGAAGUUUGGAGAGCAUGAAAUAGACUAUAUUCUCUUCAUUCAGAAAGAUGUCCUUGUGAAACCAAAUCCAAAUGAAGUGAAGAGCUAUCGCUUUAUAACCAAAGAUAAGUUGAGGCAGCUAAUUGAACAUGCUGAUAAAGAAGGUGUUUUGCUAACACCAUGGUUUAAACUGAUAGCAUCAACUUUUUUGUACACAUGGUGGGAGAGCUUGCAUAAUCUCAAGCCACUGAUGGAUCAUAAAUCUAUUCAUCGAAUGCUAUAACUCAUGUCACUGUCGAGCCUAAAAUAUAAGAGAUAUACAUUUCAGUGCUUUAGAUGGAAAUGAUGCUUGAGUUGCUUAUCACCAGUGUGCUAAAGUGAUCAUGUUCCAACUUAGUUCCAUUGCCAACUUGUUAUAAGAUGUAAGAAUUCAACUUUUUUCAUUUGACAGAAAACAAAGAAUGAUAAUGCACCUGUUAGCAGUGUUUGAAAAACACUGUUCUUGUUCCAAAUUAUUUUAUGAUGCUCUUCAACACACAUCUGUAUGUCAUAAUCACAAUUCAUUUUAAUUUAGAUUAUAGCACUGAGAAUAGUCAUUCCAUAGUGAUUUUGAUAGGAGGGUAAUUGAAGAUCUCAUUGUCACACUUUAUUCAGAGUUUUAACUUUUUGUCUGAUUCUGUAUCACUUGUUUGCAAUUACACAUGUUCUAGUCAUAUGUCAGAGAUCAGACUAUGUGCUGUGGCUCAAGAUUGGAAUACAUGAAACCACAGUACAUAUUUUUAUGUAUCUGUCUGAAGACUGGAAGACACAAAGCCAAAGUAUAUAUUUUGUAACAAUCUGUAUUCACCAAUAGCUAAGCAUAUAGAGUUGGUACCUGUGAGUUAAGGUUUAAGUGGGGACAGAAAAAAAAAAGUAAAAACAGACUGUUGUAGAGACAAAUAAAAACAUCCCAAAUCCACUAGUUAGUAUAAACUGUUUUUACACAGACAUUGGGCACUUAGCCGCCUAUGCAUUUAUUACAUCUUUGCAGUCAUUUUUUGUUUGUUUGUUAAUUUAGCACACCUUUUAGCCAGGAUGUUUUCAUUUCUUGGUCACUGGACAUGCAGUUUUAAAGGUAUUUUACACCAGUAGCUCUUAAAAAAUAAAGCGGUAAAGAUACCAUGCAACCUAUGGUUGUACUGGCAAA